GUAAUGGUAAAAAAGUCCAAUGGCACUUACCGAAUGUGUGUGGACUUCACAGAUCUGAAUAAAGCAUGUCCCAAAGAUAGUUUCCCGCUUCCACACAUUGAUCAGUUAGUAGACUCCACAGCAGGUCACGCCCUCUAUGCAUUCCUAGAUGCCAAGGCGGGAUAUCAUCAGAUACCCAUGGCACCUGAAGACCAGGAGAGGACGGCCUUCAUAACGGACCAGGGAUUAUUUUGUUACAAGAUGAUGCCCUUCGGUCUGAAGAACGCAGGAGCCACAUAUCAGCGGCUGGUGAACUCAAUAUUCAGAGAUCAGAUCGGAAAACACAUGGAAGUUUAUGUGGAUGACAUGAUCGUCAAAAGCAUCCGAGCCGAAGACCACCCAGCAGAUGUGAAGAUAGUCCUAGAGACGCUAAAGAGAUACCAGCUAAAACUCAAUCCGGAAAAGUGCGUAUUUGGAGUACCGGCAGGCAAGUUCUUGGGAUACAUGGUCUCUCAGCGGGGUAUCGAGGCUAACCCAGAUAAAAUCGAAGCGGUCUUAAAAAUGACGCCGCCACGGAGCAUACAUGAAGUCCAGAAGCUCAACGGCCGGAUCACGGCUCUAGGUCGGUUCAUGUCCUGCUCGGCAAAACGAUGUCUACCUAUCUUCAAAACACUGAAGAAGAUCAAGAAUUUCACAUGGACGGCAGAAUGCCAGACAGCUUUCGAAGAACUGAAAAACUUCCUCUCGUCACCACCACUUUUGGCGAGGCCAGAUCCAGGCGACGUGCUGUAUUUAUACAUCUCUUGCUCUGACGAAACAAUAGCAGGGGUACUGGUAUCGGAGAAAGAAGGAGAGCAGUAUCCGGUCUACUACGUAAGCAAGGUACUAAGGGACGCGGAGCUAAGAUACCCAAGGUUGGAGAAACUAGCGCUGUGUGUAUAUACCGCCACCAUAAAACUCAGGCAUUAUUUCGAGGGACAUCAGGUUAUCGUACGAACCGAUCAACCCCUACGAAAGAUCCUCCAGAAAGCAGAAACAAGCGGACGUAUAGCAGAAUGGGCUGUUAAGAUCGGAAGCUUGGGCGUGGUCUAUGAAGCUCGGAAAGCAUUGAAGGCUCAAGCAUUGGCCGACUUCGUCGCGGAACUAACAUUCACAGAACCAAUGGAAAACAAAGCAGUCCCCUGGGAAAUACACGUCGACGGAGCAGUUUGUGGGGAAGGGGCAGGCAUCGGUGUCGUGCUCAAAGGACCGGGGAAAAUCCAAAUGGAAUACUCAGCAAGACUUGAAUUCUCAGUUUCCAACAAUGUUGCAGAAUAUGAGGCGCUGAUAACAGGACUGCAAUUGUGUGAAGAGCUCAAUAUCUCCGAAGCACAGAUCUACAGCGACUCACAACUGGUUGUGAACCAAGUCUCAGGAAAUUUUGAAGUCAAAGAAGCCACACUGAAGAAAUACGCCAAGCAAGCCAAAGCCUUCUUUGCAAAUAAUGGGCGAUCUUGGUCGUUACAGCAAAUACCCAGAGCAAUGAAUGGAAGAUCGGAUGAAUUGGCAAAAUGGGCGGCAACAAACAAUCACGAUUCAAUGAGAAAUAUCCCUCAUGAAAUUAAACGACAGCCUAGCUUCCAAGGAGAAAUCGAAGAAGGCGAAAUGCUGAUAGUGGAAGAAGAAAAAGAAAACUGGAUGACUCCCCUCACAGCAUACUUAGCUGAUGGAACACUUCCGGAGGACAGAAAGGAAGCUAAAAGAAUAGUGGUACUAUCAUCAAAGUUCGGAAUAUACAGUGGUCAGCUGUACAAGCGGUCAUUCACCUAUCCCUGGCUAAAGUGUGUAAACAAAAGAGAAGGAGAGUACAUCAUGAAAGAACUACACGAAGGAACCUGCGGAGCACAUGAUGGAGCAUCAACUCUGGUCAGGAAAGCCCUGCUACAAGGCUAUUAUUGGCCUUCGAUGAAAGAACAAGCAACAACGCUAGUAAGGGGAUGCUGGCCUUGCCAGCAACAUGCUUUGAUACCAAGAAAGCAAGCCUCAGAAAUGAAACCCAUCGGCAGUGCAUGGCCGUUCGCCCAGUGGGACAACGGAAAGCAGUUCGACUCAGCAAAGUUUAGAAAGUUUUGUGCCGAGUAUCAGAUCGAUCUAAGGUUCACUUCAGUUUACCAUCCACAAUCAAAUGGGCAAACCGAAGUGGCCAACAGAAUCCUACUGGCCGGACUAAAAAGAAGACUAGACGAGUGCAAAGGAAGAUGGGUAGAAGAACUCUACAGCGUCCUAUGGAACUACCGUACCACCCCUAGAGAAUCAACGGGCGAAACUCCAUUCGCCCUAGCCUAUGGAACGGAGGCUGUAAUUCCUGUAGAGAUCGGCGCACCCACGCCAAGGACAGAAGACAACCAACUGAACUUAGAAGAAAAUGAAGCAGAGCUCAGGAACAAUCUGGACCUCUUGGACGAAAAGAUCAACAGAUCAGACAUUAGGAUGGAAGCCUACAGACAGAAAAUGGCAAGACAUUUCAACAGCCAUGUGAAGAAAAGAAAGUUCAAAUUAGGCGACCUCGUCAUGAGAAAGACCGAAGUUAAAAAAGGAGAAGCAGGGACCGGAAAGCUGCAACCAAAUUGGGAAGGACCUUACACCAUCAGCAAGGUCAUUAAAGAAGGAACAUUCAAACUCACCAACUCCAUGGGAAUAACCAUACCCAGAGCAUGGAACGCCAACAACUUAAGGAAAAUUUAG